AUGAGAGUAUCUACACCCUCCGUCACCGACGACCGCGCUGCCUCGCUAAGCGGCGGAGGUUAUCGGGACGCUGAAUCACUAUUCCGUACCAAAACAAUCGCCGAUAUCCGCAAUGUCGAAUCUGCAACGCGACACCAAAUCGAAGAAAAGAAAGAAGAGCUUCGUCAAUUAGUCGGUAACCGAUAUCGUGACCUAAUUGAUUCAGCCGAUUCUAUCGUUCACAUGAAAUCCUAUUGUGAAUCAAUCUCUCGCAAUAUCGCAUCGAUUCACACUAACAUUCGUUCCCUUUCUGCUUCUCCGUUAUCAGAAACCCCCAAAUUCACAAGCCCUAACCCUACGCGUGGUAAAAGUUAUGGGAUCGCAUGUCGGGUCAAGUAUUUAGUUGAUACCCCGGAGAAUAUCUGGGGAUGCUUGGACGAAUUCAUGUUUUUGGAGGCAGCAGGGAGGUAUACACGUGCAAAGCACGUACAGAGUAAGUUGGUGAGUCAGGAUUAUAAUAAGAUCUUGUUGAAUUUUCCACUCUUGCAGCAUCAAUGGCAGAUCGUGGAGAGUUUUAAAGUGCAAAUUUCGCAGAAGAGUCGCGAGAGGUUGUCAGAUCAAGGGUUGGAAAUUGGGGGUUAUGCGGAUGCCUUGGCUGCGGCAGCAGUGAUUGAUGAAUUGGAGCCUGAUCAGGUAUUGAGUUUGUUUCUUGACAGUAGAAAGUCAUGGAUUUCGCAAAAACUAGGGGGUUUUGGUGGGGUGGAUGUAAAAAUGGAUAAUGUCAGCGGUGAGGUUGUCGUUUUUGUGUUUUGUGAAGUGUUGAAGAUAAUUCAAGUUAGUGUAGGACAAGUAGGGGAGCUUUAUUUUGGGUUCUCCUCCUGCCUCUCAAUUGUUUGGGGGAUUCCAAACCCGGAUGAGGAAGUGAGAUUGUGGAAAUUGUUUAGGGAAAAGCUCGAGUCUGUGAAUCUUGCACUCGAUAAAGAAUAUAUUGCUAGGACUUGUUUGAGUUGGUUGAGGGAUUGCGGCGGAGAGAUUGUGAAUAAGAUUAAUGGGAAGUUCUUGAUUGAUGCGAUUGCUACUGGUGGAGAGCUUGCAGUGGCUGAGAAGAUGAUUAGGGAGACUAUGGAUAGCAAGCAAGUGUUGGAGGGAAGUUUGGAGUGGCUCAAGAGUGUUUUCGGGUCUGAGAUUGAGUUGCCCUGGAGUAGGAUCCGAGAGUUAGUUUUAGAAGAUGACUCAGAUCUCUGGGAUGAGAUAUUUGAAGGUGCUUUUGUUCAGAGGAUGAAAACUAUUAUAAUAUCACGAUUUGAGGACUUGGUACGAGGUAUCAAUUUGAGAGAGUCCAUUUGUGCGAUAAGAGAGACUCCUGGUGAACAGAUUGACUUUCAGGCAUAUUUGAACAGACCUUCCACGGGUGGCGGGGUUUGGUUUAUUGAACCCAACACAAAGAAGUCUGGUCUAGGUGCUGGUCAUAAAGCAUUGCCUGAAGAUAAUGAUUUUCAUAGUUGUCUCAGUGCAUACUUUGGUCCUGCAGUUAGUCGAAUCAGAGAUGCAGUGGACAACUGUUGUCAAAAUGUUCUUGAGGACCUGCUUAGUUUCUUAGAAUCUCCAAAGGCAGCUCUCAGGCUAAAGGAGUUGGCACCGUUUUUACAGGAUAAGUGCUAUGAGAGCAUUUCGACCAUAUUGACAGAACUCAAGAGGGAUCUUGAUAGUUUGUAUGCUGCAAUGGAGAAUGGCAACAACGUUGGUCAGUCUCCACCUCCUGCCAUAGUUGUUGAGAAAUCUCUUUACAUUGGGAGACUCUUGUUUGCAUUUCAAAACCACUCAAAACACAUUCCAGUGAUACUGGGCUCUCCAAGGUUUUGGGCCAAAGAUCACAUGGCUGCAGUUUUUGACAAGUUACCAUCCUUAUUGAGGCAAUCUAGAGUUGCCAACGAUUAUCAUAUCCCUGACAGUCCUGGCAGGCAAUCUCCUACUGGAUCUAAAAGACAGAUCUCAUCUGCCACUGCUGCUUUGCUUGGAGCAAACGAAAGUGCAAGUCCUAAACUUGAAGAAUUAGGCAGAAUCAUGAGGGAUCUUUGCAUCAGAGCUCACAACUUAUGGAUAUCCUGGUUAUCUGAUGAGCUUUCAACGAUUCUUGCUCAGGAUCUUGGAAAAGAUGAUGGAUUAUCAGCAACAACUCCCUUGAGGGGCUGGGAAGAGACGGUAGUCAAACAAGAACAAUCCGAUGACAGCCAAUCUGAAAUGAAAAUUUCACUCCCAUCCAUGCCUUCACUUUAUAUCAUCUCAUUUCUGUUUCGGGCAUGUGAAGAAAUCCAUAGAAUUGGAGGUCAUGUUCUUGACAAAUCAAUUCUGCAAAAAUUUGCCUCAAGACUAUUGGAAAAGGUCAUUGAGAUUUAUGAGGACUUCCUUUCCUCUAGAGAGUCUCAUCAGUCUCAAGUGUCGGAGAAAGGAGUUCUUCAAAUUCUGUUAGACCUAAGAUUUGCUGCUGAUGUUCUCUCUGGGGGUGAUUGUAAUAUUAAUGAGGAGAUAUCUAGAAAUCCAAGGGUGAAGGUUUCUUUCAGACGGAAGCAGGAGCAAAGCCAGAGGAAGUCAGUCUUGAGAGAGCGUAUUGAUGGGCUAAUUAAUUGUUUUUCACAGAGGCUUGAUCCCAUAGACUGGCUUACGUAUGAGCCAUACCUGUGGGAGAAUGAGAGGCAGUCAUACUUGCGACAUGCUGUCCUCUUUGGGUUCUUUGUGCAACUAAACCGAAUGUACACUGAUACUGUGCAGAAACUACCUUCUAAUCCAGAGUCAAAUAUCAUGAGAUGCUCUACUGUUCCACGCUUUAAAUACCUUCCAAUCAGCGCUCCAGCAUUGUCUUCAAGACGGGGGAAAAAGACAUCCAUUCAAGCAACUUCAGAUGAUAUCUCUUCAAGAAGUUCCUGGAAAGCUUACACCAAUGGAGAGCUUUCUCAAAAGAUUGAUUUGGAUGAAAACUCUAGUUUUGGUGUAGCAACACCAAUUUUGAAGUCUUUCAUGCAGGUUGGAAGCCGGUUUGGGGAGAGCACCUUAAAAUUGGGAUCUAUGUUAACUGAUGGGCAAGUAGGCAUAUUCAAAGACAGAUCAGCAUCUGCCAUGUCAACAUUUGGUGAUAUUUUACCCGCCCAAGCAGCUGCAUAUGUUAGCAUGGGGAAGCGUGUAAGCGCCAAACUCCAAGAAGAAAUACAAAAAAGAAUAGUCAAGAGAAAGCAGCAGGAAUUCAACAACAUGUAUACCGGUACUAAUGAUGGCCUACUUAUCAGACUGGUAAAGAAGCCGAUGGAAUCACCUUUUUUGGAGGAGUUGGAAAAAUCGGGAUGUGGGAAUCAUGAAUGGAGUGGAUCUUGA